GCUGUGACGGUGAAGCCCCUCGUAACAGCACCACCACUAACGCACAACAACUCGGGAAAUCGAAAUUACAGGUAUCUACUGCACUGGCGGACUACGGUCAAGCGCGAAAAUAGAAAAAGGUAGAGAAUUGAGUAACGUGGAUGUGAUGUAAGAUACAAAUUAAUAAUGCUCAAAAUUAGUUAAGUUCACAAGUUUAUUAUUACCCUCGUUUUUUAUAUGAAUUUAGAUUCGCGUUAAGAGUAGCUAAAACGGUUCGGAAAAUUUGCUCGAGUCUUAUUAGUUAUUUGAGAUAUUCGCGGACAUUGAACGACGUGAUAAAUCCCUGCAUUGUAUUUGAGUGGGUGUGCUCGCCAACAAAUUGUAGGUUAUCUACUGGUAAUUGAAUUCGAUUCACUGAAUAAAUUUAACUGUUUUACAGUUGAAGCUUUCCAUCAAUAAACGUUUCGGAUUGCUAUCGGAAUUGUGAUAUCACCUCCCCCACAAUCUUCAAAAUUUGUUGCUGUAAGUGGGAACGACAAUGGAAGGACAAUCCAAUAAUACGGGAUUCAACUGUCGGCGAUGCAGUCUGCCAGAUUCAGCGGAUCACUUAGUGGCGUGCGACGUGUGUCAUGAAUGGGAACAUUUCCAAUGUGCCGGAGUAGAUGAUCAGAUUAAAGAUCAAUCCUACUUGUGUCCAGAAUGUUCUUCAAAGCAGGCGGAAAGAGGUGAAUGCAAUAGGCAUCUCAAACCCUCCGUUGCUGAUAAGACAAAUCGUUCGUCUAAGAGUUUGGCUAACAAAACUGGAUCGAGACGUGGUAAAAAGAGCGCUCAACCGGUAGUUACAGGAAGUGUGACUUCUAGCGCACGAGCGGCGUUUGAGGCGCAGAUGAAAAUGAUUGAAGAAGAGAGACAAAUAAUGGAACGCGAAUUGAUGAAACAGGAAAAUCUCCGCAAGCAAGAGCUGGAAGAAGAGCAACGUCAGCUAGACGAACAGCGCAAGUUAAUGCAGAAAGAAAAACUUCUGCGGGAGCGUAAGUUACACGAGUCUAAGCUAUUUCAAGCUAAGCAGCAACUGAUCAGACAGCAGUCGAUGGAGAAAAAACGGGAACUUCUGAAACAACUCGCCGAGUCUAGCGUUUUCGAAGGGACGAUUGUUGAUCCAGCUGACAAGGUUGGGGACUGGUUGAAAACCCUUUCGGUAAGCGAACGUGGCACAGAUGAAUCUGCAAAAACUAGUAAGGCACCGAAAUCCAGUUUAAGUUUCGACCCGAAGCCUCACCCGAGCCCCGAGCUGAUUUCCAGUCCGAAUCCCGGGGGGCCAUCGUCCCGAUCAACUGUCAGGGAUGUUGAUAAUAGCAUUGUGCAGACACCAGCAAAUGUUCAUUCGGUCUGUAUUUCACCACAUCAAAUUGCAGCUCGUCAGGUUAUGGGCAGAGAACUUCCUACGUUUGGCGGCCAUCCGGAAGAUUGGCCUAUCUUUAUUAGCAGCUUUGAGCAAUCGACGCUUGCGUGCGGAUACACUAAUGCGGAAAAUCUUAUCAGGUUACAGAGAUCUCUUAAAGGUCAUGCAUUGGAAUCAGUUCGAAGUCGAUUGUUACUUCCCGCCGGAGUGCCGCAUGUUAUUCAGACUUUGCAGACACUAUAUGGCCGGCCUGAAUUGUUGAUCCGAUCUCUGAUGGGAAAAAUUCGUCAGUUGCCAUCUCCAAAACACGAUAGGUUAGAAACCGUCAUGGAAUUCGGUCUAGCUGUACAAAACCUCGUAGACCAUCUCAAAGCGGCUCAUCAGGUAAACCAUCUGGCAAAUCCUGUUUUAAUGCAAGAAUUAAUUGAAAAGUUACCUGGACCCAUGAAACUUGAGUGGGCUAUUUUCAAAGGACGUUACUCGACGGUUACUUUAGAAACGUUCGGAGACUUUAUGUCACGGUUAGUUAAUGCAGCGAGUGAAGUGACAUUCGAGUUACCAUGUUUUGGGAGAUCGUCGAGACAGGAUAAACAGAAACCGAAAGAAAAGGUGUUUGUGCAAACACAUACAACGGAUUCUAGUAUGACUGCUGGGUCCCACAAGAUAGAUAAACAAGUUACGGGAAAGGUCUGCAACAUAUGUGGUUUGGCAGGUCAUCGCGUGGUCGAAUGUUCUAAAUUCAAGGGACUAAAUAUGGACGAAAGAUGGAACAUUGUACAGCGAAAAGGAUUGUGUCGUACCUGUCUAAACAAUCACGGGAAAUGGCCUUGUAAGUCAUGGAAAGGAUGUGAGAUAGAUAACUGCCGUGAUAGACACCAUACACUUCUUCAUUCAUCAACGAUGAAAGUAUCUGCUAGUCAUAUCAAUCAAAGCAUCUAUCAGUCGCCGUUAUUUCGCAUAAUACCAGUAAUGUUAUAUGGAAGAGAUGCUGGUCGAACAAUUUUCGCAUUCAUCGACGAAGGUUCAUCGGUAUCGCUACUCGAAGAAAAUGUUGCUAAAACGCUGGGAGUAAAAGGCGAAACAGAACCCCUAACGUUGCAAUGGACAGGGAAUAUGACACGAAAUGAACUUCGCUCCCAGCUAGUGAAAAUCGAAAUUGCUGGUGUAGGAAGUGCAAGUCAGCGAAAACAUAUUCAAGCUCGCACAGUUAAACAGUUGGUUCUUCCCAAACAAACGAUGCGCUAUCGUGAUCUUGCUCAACAGUUUCAUCACUUAAGAGGGCUUCCGAUCGAUGACUACGCCGAAGUUCAACCGAAGCUAUUAAUAGGCUUGGAUAAUUUACGCUUGAUUGUACCGAUACGACUACGGGAAGGGAAAAGCAAUGAACCGAUUGCAGCUAAGUGUCGACUGGGUUGGAGCGUAUACGGUUACUAUGGUAAUAAUCGUGUCAGAAACGCAACUCUCAAUUUUCACCUCGGUGGAAUCUGUGACUCCGAUCGCCUGCUCAAUGAGCAGCUGCGUGAUUACUUCGCGAUAGAAAAUGCUGGUGUUACGAUUCCCAUAGAAAAUCUCGAAUCCGAAGACGAUAAGCGUGCUAGGAAGAUAUUGAAGGAGACGACGCGUCGGACGGAUUCUGGCUUUGAAACUGGUCUGCUUUGGAGAGUAGAUGAUCCAUGCUUCCCGGACAGCUAUCCAAUGGCUCUCCGCCGUUUACGAGCACUGGAAAAGAAGCUAAUGAAAAACCCCAUUCUGAUGAAUCGAGUGAACGAGAUAAUUUCGGAUUACGAGGCAAAGGGCUACGCACAUAGAGCUACAGAUGAUGAGCUGCAACUUAUCGAAGCGAAACGCGUAUGGUAUUUACCGUUGGGCAUUGUGCUUCAUCCGAAGAAACCUGGAAAAGUCCGGCUUAUCUGGGAUGCAGCAGCUAAAGUGAACGGAGUCUCUUUCGAUUCAAAAUUAUUGAAGGGACCAGAUAUGCUCACUCCUCUUCCGUUUGUUCUCAGCAGAUUCCGACAGUUCCCUGUAGCUGUGUGUGGAGACAUCAGGGAGAUGUUCCACCAAAUCAAGAUACGCACACCCGAUUGUCAGUCUCAACGUUUUCUCUGGCGCCAACACUGUUCGGAACGUCCUACCGUGUUUGUUAUGGACGUGGCCACCUUUGGGUCAACUUGUUCGCCCACAUCGGCUCAGUACAUCAAAAAUUUGAACGCUCAGGAGUUUGCGCACAAAUAUCCACGAGCGGCAGACGUUAUUAUGAAGAGCCAUUACGUCGAUGACCUUCUAGAUAGUUUUCGAACGAUUCAGGAGGCAGUAGAGGUAAUCAACGAAGUGAAACUUGUGCAUUCUUUAGGCGGCUUCGAGAUUCGCAACUUCCGGUCCAAUAGUGUGAAAGUUCUCAAAGAGAUCGGUGCGCAUCCAAUCGGAGAUUGUAAAGAUUUAACUUUGGAUCGUCGAGGAGUUACAGAAUCUGUCUUAGGAAUGAGUUGGAUUCCGUCUGAAGAUAUGUUUACGUAUACGUUCAUUCUUCGGGAUGAUUUGCAGCAGAUACUGGAGAAAGGACGCAUACCUACGAAACGUGAGGUGUUGAAGGUCGUCAUGAGCCUGUUUGACCCGCUCGGACUACUUUCGUUUUUCUUAGUCCAUGGUAAAAUUCUAAUCCAGGAUUGCUGGGCGUGUGGUUUAUCUUGGGAUGACCCAAUAGGCGAUGAACUUUGCGAACGAUGGAGGCGGUGGACAAACCUAUUUCCUCAGUUAAGUGACCUGCGAAUUCCUCGAUGCUAUUUCAAACAACCAUUUCCAAGCGAUUUUAGUGGACUUCAGGUUCACAUCUUUGUAGAUGCCAGUGAAGUGGCAUAUUCGUGCGUGGCAUAUUUUCGCCUACCAGUACAGCAGGGACUUCAGGUGUCCUUGAUUGCUGCUAAAACGAAGGUAGCCCCAUUGAAAACAUUGUCCAUUCCGCGUCUUGAAUUGAAAGCCGCUGUUUUAGGAGUCCGAUUGCUGGAUUCAAUAAUAAAAUCUCACACCCUUACAAUAUCUCAACGAUUUCUUUGGACGGAUUCCUCUACGGUCCUUGCAUGGAUACAAUCCGACCAUCGAAAAUAUCCAAAGUUCGUGGCCGUACGUGUCGGCGAGAUUCUGAUGAGCAGCGACCCGCAAGAGUGGAGGUGGAUUCCAACCAAGAUGAACAUCGCCGAUGAUGCCACAAAGUGGAAGUCCGACAUGAACCUUCGUUCCAACAGUCAGUGGUUCCGUGGGCAUAGCAUUCUGUGGGAGGAUGACGCAAAUUGGCCGGCGCCUCGAAAGUUCACAACAGUUCCAGAAGAAAACACUCCAGUGUUACUACAUGUCACUCUGAACACUUUGGUUGACGUCAGUCGUUUCAGUAGCUGGGAAAAACUGCAUCGUAGUAUGGCUUACGUCAUUCGUUUUAUCGAAAAUAUUCGUCGAAAACAAGCGGAUAUUUCUUUAGAGAGGAUGGCUCUCACGCAGGCCGAGCUUAAAUCUGCCGAAGAAGCACUAUGGAAAGCGGCACAAUCUGAUGGUUUUCCAACUGAAAUCUCCAUUCUUUUAAAGACGCAAGGUCCUCCCGAGAAUCGUCACGCUGUCGUCCAUAAGUCUAGUUCGAUCUACAAAACUUGGCCGUAUAUCGAUGAACGCGGCAUUCUGCGAAAACGUGGGCGCAUCAACGCAGCACCUUACUCGUCGUUUGAAGCAAAGUUUCCAGUUAUUUUGCCAAGACAGCAUCGGAUUUCUUUCUUGUUAGCCGACUGGUAUCACCGCCGUUUUCGACACGCAAACCGUGAAACUGUUGUCAACGAAAUGCGUCAACGAUUUGAAAUUUCAAAAUUGCGAGUACUUUUAAAAAAGGUACUAAACGAUUGCGUCUGGUGUCGUGUAGCUCAGGCAUCUCCUAGGCCACCUCCAAUGGCUAAUCUCCCAGCUUUCAGAUUAACGCCAAAUGUACGUCCCUUCACAUUCACUGGCCUGGACUACUUCGGUCCCGUUUUUGUUAAAGUUGGUAGGAGUCUGGCUAAGCGUUGGAUAGCAUUAUUCACCUGCCUCACAAUCCGUGCGGUACACAUCGAAGUCGUCCACAGUCUAUCGACCGAAUCGUGUAUAAUGGCGGUACGGCGUUUCGUCGCUCGUAGAGGACCCCCAGCGGAGUUUCAUACAGACAACGGAACAUGUUUUACUGGUGCAAACAACGAACUGAAGAAAGAAAUUGAAUGCAGAAAUGGAGCAUUGGCACUAACAUUUACUAGUGCGCAAACGCGUUGGCGAUUCAUCCCUCCAGGUACACCUCACAUGGGAGGCGUGUGGGAGCGGCUCGUAAGGUCUAUAAAGGUUGCUGUUGGAUUCGCUUUGGAAACAUCUCGAAAUCCCGACGAUGAGACAAUGUUGACGAUCAUGUUGGAAGCGGAGGCCAUUGAAGCUCGAACGGAGUCAAAAUUCUUUCAACGACACAGGUAG